AUGCGCGGCAGGGGCGCCCCUUUCUGGCCGUGGCCGCUGCCCAAGCUGGCGCUGCUGCCUCUGCUGUGGGUGCUUUUCCAGCGGACGCGUCCCCAGGGUGACGCCGGGCCACUGCAGUGCUACGGAGUUGGACCCUUGGGCGACUUGAACUGCUCGUGGGAGCCUCUUGGGGACCUGGGAGCCCCCUCCGAGUUACACUUUCAGAGCCAAAAGUACCCUUCAAUGCUAGCUUCCCUCGCCCCAGGGCCCUGUGUGCAGGUGAGCUACAAAGUCUGGUUCUGGGUUGGAGGUCGUGAGCUGAGUCCGGAAGGAGUUACCUGCUGCUGCUCCCUUAUUCCCAGCGGGGCAGAGUGGGCCAGAGUGUCCGCUAUCAACGCCACAAGCUGGGAGCCUCUCACCAACCUCUCUUUGGUCUGCUUGGAUUCAGCCUCUGCCCCCCAUAGCGUGGCGGUCAGCAGCAUUGCUGGGAGCACGGAGCUACUGGUGACCUGGCGACCGGGGCCUGGGGAGCCACGGGAGCAUGUAGUGGACUGGACUCGAGAUGGGGACCCCCUGGAGAAACUCAACUGGGUCCGGCUUCCCCCUGGGAACUUCAGUGCUCUGUUACCAGGGAAUUUCACAGUUGGCGUCCCCUAUCGAAUCACUGUGACCGCAGUUUCUGCUUUGGGUUUGGCCCCUGCACCCUCCAUCUGGGGGUUCAGAGAGGAACUAGUACCCCUAGUGGGGCCAACGCUUUGGCGACUCCAAGAUGCCCCUCCUCCAGUGAGUGGCAACACACAGAGUGUCACCCUGCCUGACCUUCCUUGGGGUCCCUGUGAGCUGUGGGUGACAGCAUCUACCAUCGCUGGACAGGGCCCUCCUGGUCCCAUCCUCCGGCUUCAUCUACCAGAUAACACCCUGAGGUGGAAAGUCCUGCCGGGCAUCCUGUUCUUGUGGGGCUUGUUCCUGAUGGGGUGUGGUCUGAGCCUGGCCACCUCUGGAAGGUGCUACCACCUAUGGCACAAGGUGCUGCCCCGCUGGGUCUGGGAGAAGGUUCCUGAUCCUGCCAACAGCACUUCAGGCCAGCCUCACAUGGAGCAAGUGCCUGAGGCCCAGCCCCUUGCGGACUUGCCCAUCCUGGAAGUGGAGGAGAUGGAGCCCCCGCCGGUUAUGGAGUCCUCCCAGCCCCCCCAGGUCACAGCCCCGCUUGACUCUGGGUAUGAGAAGCACUUCCUGCCCACACCUGAGGAGCUGGGCCUUCUGGGCACCCCCAGGCCGCAGGUUCUGGCCUGAACCACACCUCUGGCUGGGGACUGCCAGCCAGGCCAGAGGGAUGCUCAUGCAGGUUGCACUCCAGUCCUGGAUUAGCCCUCUUGAUGGAUGAAGACACUGAGGGCUCAGAGAGUCUGAGUCACUUACCUGAGGACUCCCAGCCAGGCAAAGGUGGGAUUGAAGGACCCCUAUAGAGAAGGGCUUGGCCUCCAUGGGGAAGGCAUGGAUGGAAGAUGGAGCAAAGGAAAAUACAUGAAAUUGGCUGCCUGCCAAAAUCUGUUCCGCUAUAACAGAAUUGCAUUCGGACCCCAGCACAGUGGUUCACGCCUAUAAUCCCAGCACUUUGGCAGGCCAAGGUGGAAGGAUCACUUAAGGCCAGGAGUUUGAGACCAGCCUGGGCAACAGAGCAAGACCUCUUACUACAAAAAUGAAACAUCAAAAACAAAAACAAUCAGCUGGGCAUGAUGGCACACAUCUGUAGUCCCAGCUACUUGGGAGGCUGAGGCAGGAGGAUUGGUUGAGCCCAGGAGUUCGAAGCUGCAGGGAGCUCUGAUUGUACCACUGCACUCCAGGCUGGGAGACAGAAUGAGACCUUAUCUUAAAAAUAAAUAAA